CAGAGCAUACAUACAUAUUUUACACCCGGAGAGAGUCCUCAAAACAAAAACGCGAUUCAGUACAGUAAAAUGCAUAUCUAUAAACUAUUGUUAUCCUGCGUCGCAGUGACCACCGCUGUGGCCAUGCCUUUGCGCAGCCAGAAGCCAAGUGCUAUUGGAGAGGACGUUGGGAAAUUCUGGCAGCAUUUCGGCGAAGAGAUGGUACAUAUGGGUGAGAUGGAAGGACAACAAAGAGCGUCUACGCACACACAAGUGUUCACAGAUCGACCAUUGGCGACAAAGAAAACACAGGCAGUGAAAGAUGUUGGCGCAUACUGGGCACACAUUGGAGAGGAGAUGGGUCGAAAGUGGGCUGCUUUUGUUGAACGCAGGGCAAUGGAAGCUGAGGAACAAGCAAGGAAAGAAUUACAGGCUGUCAGAGCUGAACAAGUAGAAGCCAUGAAGCGCGCGGAAUAUGAGCAACAUCGCAAGCAGACGGCUGCGGAGAAAAUGAUGGCUCACGAGCGAGCAGCCGCACUCAGAAGACAUCAAAUGCGAUUGAGGAAAGAAUACAUGCAGCAACAACAACAAGAACAACUGGAGGAAAUUGAAACACGCGCGCAGUAUGCGAUGUAUCGGGCAGCUGCGGCUGUGCGACACUUGGUCAAUGACAUGACGUGUAUAAUUAAAAAGAUGAUACAUAAGUUUAGUGCUUUGCUAGUUUCUGCGUUCAAUUAUUAAACUUGUACUUUGAAAACGG